AUGUCGGAGUUGCUGGCCCCUAAUGAUGCGAGUAGAGUGAGAUCCUAUAUGGGAGGUCCUCCUCGAGCACUUGAUUGGAUACCUCCAUCAGCCGUCCUCAGUGAGCAGGCGGGAGGUGAUGUUGGAGUAAGACAACAUAUGGGGCUGAGUCUGGAAGGAAAUGUCCAGAAGCGGCACGGUGAGCCAACCUCUGGUCUACCGCCAACCCCACGAAGGCGCACUAUACAGGUCCGUCCGAAAGUCAUUGCUAACUUCACCCACAUAGUCGGUUCGAGGCCACGGAGGGUCCUGGUAGAGAGAAUUCGUCAGGAGCAUUUAGCUGAGGACUUGGUUGGAAUACUGAGAUCUAAGUAUGGCGUGUCCUUUGAGAAGGGCAGUGAUGUGGAUAGAGGCUCUUGGCUGUCUCUGGAGUACUUUGAUAAUACUGAGUACGAUGAGCGAGCUCCUGAGGAAUGGAUAGCUCUGGGCUAUAUAGAGGCUCAGCGACAGAAGGAACACUUUGGUGCAAAGGGAGAGGACGUGAGUGACUUGCCGGACUUCCUUGCUUUGGAGGCGCUUGGGCUUUGUGAUGAGGGUAGUUGGAAGCAGUGUUAUGUCGUUACUUACGAUUCGAUGAAGGAGCGGUUUGGAGUGACCUUUGUUGAGGGCGAUGAGGAGGUUAUUUGGCUGAGUAAGUUGCGGGUGAUGUUCGUAGGAGCAGAGAGCCCAGCUAGGCAUGCGAGGCGGGUAGCUGAUGCGGUGGCCUUGAGGAGGGCGACGGAGGCUAAGGUAAGGUAUACUACGUGCUUGGACUGUAUGCCUAAGAGUGGGGAAGGGAGGAUGGGGGGCAACCAGGUGCUGAGAAUAAUGCGAAGGGUGACUGGGAAAAAGAGGCGGAGCGGAGGUGAUCAGGAGAGAUUGGAGAUGAUACUGGACGAUGUGAAUGCUGAGCUGACUAAGGCUGUGAAUAGGAUGACGAUGUUGUGGGUGUUCGCCAAGGCAAGAGAGCGGCAGACUAUAGAUGAGGCCAGAGGGGAUAUGUCUAUUGUCGCUUUGAAGUACCUUACUGAUGAUGUUGAUAUAUCUGGGUCGUUGAGGAGGACCACUAGGAGGACUAGGCCAACAGGUUUUGGUCUACCUUGGGGCCGUCCAGUGCCAGGGUCGGCCUUGGUCCUCAUGCCUGGGGUGGAAAAAGGGUUUGUUAAGAAUGUACUGAGUAAGCUUACCUUUGAUACAUUGUUCACCGAGAGGGCUGUGAUACGCACAGUAGUGGGAGUGCGGGCUCUCUGUAUUGAUUUGUUGAAGUCCCAUCCUACUGUACAGCUACUGCCUGUCAACUUGCCCUAUAAACCAUGCAGUUUGGAGGCCUUUAAGGAGUGGCAGAAAGCGGCUAUUGAAAAGACAGCAGCAAAGGUCGUGGACUGUUUCACUGGGAAGGUUGUGAAAAUGAUACGUGGGAAUUUGGAGAUUGUUGGUAAGGGAUGGUUCAAUAUCGACGAGACUAGCCUGGAGGUAUAUAAUUAUAGCAAGUUGAAGAAGUUCAUCGUAGUGAUGCGCCUGAUGUUGCAGGAUUGCCUCAGGGACUUGGCCAUCAACACAGCGGAACUAUAUGUGAAGUACAUCAAAAGGCAUGUGCCGAGAGAAGUGCGUAUAGAGAACCUGCAUACGGUGAUAAACGAGUGGAAAGAGGGAACGGUUCGAAGCGACGGGUCUGAUGCUCCUGGGGCGCUCUUCACCAUAGAGAUCAAACGUAUUGAGAAGAAGGGCGAAGAGUCUCGUCGGUCAAGUGCCGCCCAUGCGACUAAUAGACUACUGAGGAAACGGAGCAGUGGGGAGGUAUCAACUCGCGCAGCUUCUGCUGCUGGUGCUGCUAACGCACGGCGAGCAUCAUACACUCCGGAGUAUGAGUUCGCCUAUGCUACCAAUCCUGCGAUGUACGUCCAGGCUGUAGCUGGGGAGACACUACUCACUGCAUUGAGAGCUAUCAAUGACGUACCUCACAUAGAGAAGGCCACAGUGCCUCAGCUGUUCAAGUCGGUAGUGUACCGACAGAAGUUGGCUACACUGAGCUUGGAUGACGAUCUAGUAGUGAGGGCCAAGGAGGAGCUGGAGGAAGAGUUAGCGGGAAGUGUGUUGAAGGCACUACAGGAGUAUAUUGGGAUGCUUGCGCCCUACAAAGAGUUGUUGUUACUGGAACCUGCUAAGUUCAUUGAGAAAACGCUUGAUGAUGAGGAGACCCCGGCCACUACUGAGGAGGUGGAGGCGGAUAUUAUCAGUCGUAACAGACUGCAUGAUGAGGUCUUGGAGGAUAUCCCUGAUGUGGGGGUACAGAUAGGGUGGGUGGAGGUCAGAGUAGGGGAGAUUAGGAAAAUCUUGGCCGAUAAGCAUAGGCAGGUUGCCAAGCUGGAGAUAGAUCUGCUCAUGAGAAGGUAUAGAGCUAGUUGUGAGCAGAUCAUUUCGCAGUGCCAAAGCAUAUCUACGAUAUUGAGGAAAACGGCAGAGUCGAUCGAGCAUCUGGCAGAGUUGAAGGAAUACGCCGAAACCCAGUUGCCAAGUUUAAUGGUGAAGAUGAGUACUGAUAUUGAAGCCGCGUUGAGGAUCCACGAAGCCUUAGAGAAGUUCAACGUGAAGCUAACCCCGGAUGAUGUGAGGCAACGAUGGCGUAUUUUCCAAGUGCCGAAGGAUAUUGAUACGGAGCUCGAACAAGCUAGGGAGAAUUGGGCUCUUACUGAGAAGGGGUUCUCUAAGGAUAUGGCAGAUGAGAUGGAGCUUUUCUUGGAGACUCUGGACGAUAUCGAAGGCACCAUUCUCACCUUCUAUCGGUUCAAUGACCUCAGCAAGUGUCAUGAAAUAUACGCUAACGCUCAGUCUGUUAACGAGCGGCUGAGGGACGCAAGUACGGCAGCGAAGCAGUUCAAUGCGAGGGAGGUGCUACUGGGGGUUGAGGAGGUUACUGAUUACAGCAGGGUCGGGACUUUGGCCAAGGAAUGGGAGCCUUAUAAUAACUUUUGGAAAAUUGCUCAUGAUUGGGUACUCGAUGAGCCCAAGUGGCGCCAUGGUCGCUUUGAUAGUAUUGAUGCUGGAGAUAUGGACAACAAAGUGGGGUCGGGAGGAAAGCAGUUGCAUAAGAUCCUCCGACAGCUGAGCUCUACUCCGGAGAACGCUACGUUGAUUGAGGUGGCAGGCGAGGUGAAGAAGCAGUUGGAAGAUUUCGAACCGUACGUCCCUAUAGUGAUGGCCUUGAGGAACCCCGGCAUGAGGGAGAGGCAUUGGGAGGCUGUAGGGCAGUUGUUGGCCCGGGAGGACGAGGAGCCGGUUAAGGUUGGUCCGAGCUAUGCUGAUGAUAAUAUGGAUGGGAGCACGAACUUCAAUCUGGAGGCACUAUUGGGCAUGGGCAUCCUCAAAGUGACGGAUAAGGUAGCGGAGGUUGGCGAGAGAAGUGCUAAGGAGUUCAGUAUUGAGAAACAGCUGAGAGGCAUGCAGGAGGCUUGGCAAACGGUCGAGUUCGACUGUAGAGAGACUUAUCGUAAUACUGGUACUUACAUAUUGAAGGGCUCUGAGGAAGCGUCGAUGCUACUGGAUGAGCAUAUAGUGCUCACUCAAGCAAUGCAGUUCUCCAUAUUCAACAAGCCCUUCAAGGAGGAGAUCGAUGCCUGGGCUACUAAACUACUCUAUGUGUCGGAGUGCUUGGAAGCGUGGUUGAAGGUCCAACGCGCAUGGAUGUACCUCCAACCCAUCUUUGAUUCGCCCGAUCUCAUGGUGCAGCUGCCUAGCGAGGGUAAGAAGUUCAAGUCGGUGGACCACGUGUGGCGACAAGUGAUGGGUCGGGUGGCGAAGGACUGCAAGGUUAUCAAUGCUUGCUCACAAGAGGGGCUUCUUGAGAAGUGGACCCAAGCUAUCGAGGACUUGGAGUGGGUCCAGAAGGGCCUAGAAGACUAUCUUGAAGUCAAGAGAGCUGCUUUUGCGAGAUUCUAUUUCCUAUCUAAUGACGAGCUGUUGGAAAUUCUCUCCCAGACUAAGGAUCCUACUAGAGUCCAACCUUUCCUCUGUAAAGUAUUCGAGAACAUGGCCAGUCUGGCAUUCAAUGAGGACCUCACUGUAUCUAGUAUGAGCAGUCUAGAGGGGGAGAACGUAACGUUCGUAGAGUUACUCUCGACGGCUGGUUGCAACGUUGAACACUGGAUGACGGAGGUCGAGAAAGCCAUGAGAGAGGCAGUGAGAGCAGCGCUAUAUAACGCUGUGUUGACGUAUGUAGACGUGCCUCGCACAGAGUGGUGUGUGAGCCAUCCAGCACAGACCAUCCUCAAUGCCAGCCAGAUACACUGGACGUCGGAGGUAGAGGUCCAUAUAAAGGAGGGGACUGUUGGCCUAUAUGCUGAGCAGCUCCAUCAGCAGCUCAUGGAUCUGGUGGCCCUCAUUCGGGGCGGUCUGACCAAACUACAGCGGACAACGGUGGGGGCCUUGGUGGUUAUAGACGUCCAUGCUAAGGAUGUUGUGGAGAAGCUCAAUGAAGAGGCUAUCACUUCUACCUCGGCAUUUGAGUGGAUCUCACAGUUGAGAUACUAUUGGAAUAAAGACGAUACUGGUAGAGAGAACUGUUGGGUUAUGAUGGUCCAGACGGACUUCCCCUAUGGGUACGAGUAUCUUGGCAACACCUUCCGACUUGUAAUAACCCCACUCACUGACAUGUGCUAUAUGACUCUAAUGGGAGCCCAAAGCCUCAAUCUAGGAGGGGCGCCUGCUGGCCCUGCUGGUACGGGAAAGACCGAGACCACCAAGGAUCUUGCUAAGGCUCUGGCCAAGCAGUGUGUUGUAUUCAACUGCUCUCCUGAGAUGGACUACAUUAUGGUUGGCAAGUUCUUCAAGGGUCUUGCCUGUUCUGGAGCAUGGUGUUGUUUCGAUGAGUUCAAUCGUAUCUACAUAGAAGUGCUCUCCGUGAUAGCCCAGCAGCUGUUGGUCCUAUUUGGUGCUAAGGCCGAGCUGAGCAGCUACUCUGAAUCAAAGGAGUUGGAAUUUGAGGGUUCUACUAUCAAUAUGAGGCCGACCUUCAACGUAUUCAUCACCAUGAACCCUGGGUAUGCUGGUCGAACUGAGCUACCUGACAACCUACAGGCACUCUUCCGACCAAUGGCUAUGAUGGUCCCUGACUACGCCCUCAUCGGUGAGAUCAUGUUCUAUGCCUAUGGCUUUGCAUCGGGUAGAGCGUUGGCGCAGAAGAUGGUCAGCACGUUCAAGUUGAGCAGUGAGCAGUUGUCUAGUCAAGAUCAUUAUGACUACGGUAUGCGAGCUGUGAAGUCGACCAUAGAAGCAGCUGGUCUGCUCAAGAGGCUACACCCUGAUCAAGAUGAGAAUCAGAUCUUACUCAGAGCCCUUAAUGAUGUCAAUGUGCCCAAGUUCCUCAAGGAUGACCUACCACUCUUCGCCAACAUCAUCACUGACCUUUUCCCUGAUACUGAGCCUCCUGUAGUGGAGUAUGGCGAGCUGAAGCCAGCCCUGGUCUCUGCCUUGGACAAGGCGCGCAUGCAGUCUACCGACUAUGUUAUGCUCAAGUGCAUACAGCUCUACGACACACUACAGGUGCGACAUGGUAUGAUGCUCGUGGGCCCUACUGGUGGUGGCAAGACCAACACCUACAAGGCGUUGCAGGCCGCCAUGACUUCCCUGGCUAAAGAGCAUGAACCUGAGUCCAGCUUUCAGAAGGUGCACACACAUAUCAUAAAUCCAAAGGCCAUAACGCAAGCCCAGCUCUACGGCGCCUUUGAUGAGAUAACGCACGAGUGGAGUGACGGCAUUGCUGCUGAAGAGUUGAGGGUGGCUGUGAGGGACACCACUCCUAACAAGCACUGGAUAAUCUUCGAUGGUCCGGUGGAUGCCCUUUGGGUUGAAAGCAUGAAUACAGUACUUGAUGACAACAAGAAGCUUUGUUUGGUAUCGGGGGAGAUCAUCACUCUCACCGCCCAGAUACGAAUGAUGUUCGAAGUGUCCGACCUGGCAGUAGCAUCACCAGCUACAGUGUCGAGGUGCGGUAUGGUGUAUGUCGAGCCUGAGUCCCUAGGUAUGAACCCUCUCAUAGACUCAUGGCUCUCUGGCCUUCCUCUAUCCUUUGCUCAUUAUGCCCCAACGUACAGGGAAAGGCUCCGAACUUACUGCUAUGACUACAUCUACAACACUGUCAUGUUCGUCAAGAAGCGGCUUCAUGAAAUAGUCUUUGUGAUGGAGAAUGCCCUAUGUGCGAGCUGCCUCAGACUACUCAGUUGUGAGUUCGACCGUCUGCGGCCAACGGAUUACGUCAAACUAGAGAGCCUACAGGAGCCAGUGAAGGAGCUCGAACAGGCUCUAGGGUCGGUAUUCAUAUUCGCCAUCCUGUGGUCGGUCGGAGCUGCAGUUGAUGGGCCUGGUCGAGAGCGCUUGAGCAAGUUUCUUUGGGCUACUGUGUCGGACACAGCGGCUAGCGAACUAGAUGAGCAGGACCGGGGAGGAGAUGGUGCGGGCUUCCAUCUUCCUCCCAGACAUGUUGACGAUAUCCACUUGAAUGGUGUAGAGGAGGGAGACAACCUCUUUGGCUACUGCUUCUUGGUUAGCGAGAACCGCUGGGUCCCCUGGCUUGAGACCAUACCACCCUUUGUGGUUCCUAAUAAUACUAAGUAUGAGGAUAUAGUGGUACCUACUACUGAUAGUGUGAGGUCAACUCACUUGUUGAAGACGCUAUCUGAGCAUCAUCAUCAUACGCUUGCCUGUGGUCCUACUGGGACGGGCAAGUCGGUGAAUACCGCACAGUACCUCCUCAAGGGCGCGCCGGAAACCUUCCAGCCGGUGUUCGUUAACUUCUCGGCACAGACUCAUGUGAACCAGUUCCAGGAUUUGAUCGAUUCAAAGCUAGAGAAGAGGCGUCGAGGGGUGUUCGGCCCUCCAGCAGGGACGAAGAUGAUCCUUUUUGUGGAUGACCUCAACAUGCCUCAGAAGGAAUUCUAUGGUGCCCAGCCGCCCAUAGAGUUGCUCAGGAUGUGGCUUGACCACGGCGGGUGGUAUAACCGUAAGGAACUCCUUUUCAAUAAGGUCGUCGACAUGGUCCUUGUGGGUUCUAUGGGCUGUCCAGGAGGCGGCAGGACCUUCAUCACAGAGAGGCUCAAGAGACACUAUCAUCUCAUAGGGUACACCGAGCUGAAGGAACAGUCGAUCAGUGGUAUCUUCAACACGAUUGCCAACUACUUUUUCAAGGCUUUCGAUGAAGAAGUUCAAACACUCGUGCCAAAGAUGGUUGAUGGAAUCAUAGACGUUUUCCAGAAGAUAGGAGAGACGUUGCUGCCAACACCGGCUAAGAGUCAUUACACAUUCAACUUGAGGGACAUCUGGAAGGUCUUCCUAGGCGUAUGCGGUUUAUCCAGACAGAAAGGGAACAACCCAAUGAUGGCCAUCCGCUGCUGGGUUCAUGAGAUAAAUAGAGUUUUCGGCGAUAGGCUUGUCGAUGAUAAGGAUCGUGCAUGGCUCGAGGAACAGGAAAGGGAGAAGGUAGGGUACUUCGACGUGGAUCCGGAUGAGGUCUUGAAGGCCGACAGGCUAGUCUUUGGCCGGUUCAUGGACGUCGGAGCGGAGGUGCAACACUAUGUUGAAAUAUCGGAUAUGGAAAGGAUGAAACAGGUCAUAGAGGCAUAUUUGGAUGAGUAUAACAGCACAGCAGUCCAUAGGAUGCCUCUGGUGAUGUUUCUGGAUGCAUGUGAGCACGUAUCUAGGAUAAGCAGAAUCCUCGAUCAACCUCGAGCUAAUGCCCUCUUAUUGGGUGUUGGUGGGUCCGGUAGGCAGUCGUUAACACGCUUAUCGAGCUUCAUCUGUGACUAUGAAUGCUAUCAAAUAGAAUUGGCCAAAGGGUAUGGUAUGAAUGAAUUCAAGGAGGAUGUUAAGACCUGUCUUAUGAAGUGUGGAGUAGAAGACAAAGUUCAAGUAUUCCUAUUCUGUGAUACCCAGAUCGUUUCUGAGGAAAUGGUAGAGGCCAUCAACAACGUGCUCAAUAGUGGAGAUGUUCCUAACCUGUAUAAAGUAGAGGACCUCGACACUAUCGCGUCGGGGUGUCGAACAGUAUGUCAACAACAAGGACUACAGCCAACGAAAGCGAACAUCUUUGCAACCUAUCUCUCGAGAGUCCAGAAGAACGUCCACGUGGUAUUGGCCUUCUCGCCUGUUGGAGAUGCCUUUAGAACGAGGCUGAGGAUGUUCCCAUCAUUGGCCAAUUGCUGCACUAUUGACUGGUUCGCUGAAUGGCCCGCUGAGGCACUUUACUCAGUGGCUGAACAGGAGAUCCUUGGUGGCAGUGUACAACUACCCAAUAUGGAAGGGAUACUCAACGGCUUCAAAUUCGUUCAUCAGAGUGUUGAAAACGAGGCGAAGAAGUUCUUCGAGGUGCUCAAGAGGAAGGUGUAUGUCACACCCACGAGUUUCCUAGAGCUUCUCAACUCCUUCAAGAGUAUACUAGCUGAGAAAAGGAAGGAUGUCGGCCUCCUACAGCACAGAUACCAGGUUGGCCUCGAUAAGAUAUCUCGAGCCGAAGACCAGGUAGCCGAGCUACAACAAGACCUGGUGGCUAUGAAGCCUGUGUUGGAACAGACGUCGAAGGAGGUGGCCGAGAUGAUGGUGGUUAUUGAUGAUGAUAAGAAGGAUGCAGCGGUGACACAGGAGGCUGUGGCUAAGGAGGAGAGUGAGGCCUUUACUAAGAAGGAGAUAACUCAAGCCAUUAAAGACGAUGCCCAAAGGGAUCUUGAUGAGGCCAUUCCGGCUCUGGAGGAGGCUGUCAGGUGUCUGUCGAAGUUAAAGGCUGAACAUGUUCGUGAGGUUAAGGCGAUGACGAAUCCUCCAUCAGGGGUGAAGCUGACAAUGGAGGCAGUGUGUAUUAUGUUCUCGAUCAAGCCUGUGAGGAAGAACGAUCCCAACAAGCUAGGAGCCAAGAUGGAUGACUAUUGGGAGAGUGCCCAAAAAGAGCUCUUGCAGGACCCGAAGAAGCUACUGGAGUCGCUGAUGCAUUACGACAAAGAGAACAUAGCUGAUUCGGUGAUAGAUAAGAUAACGCCUUAUAUUGAGAGAGAGGACUUUGACCCACAAGCCAUCAAGAAGGCUAGUGUGGCUUGUGAGGCCAUCUGUAUGUGGGUUAGAGCGAUGUUCAAGUACGACACUGUGUCGAAAGCAGUAGAGCCGAAACGUGUAAAACUGCGAGAAGCGGAGGAAGAGCUGAAGGAUACCAUGAUGAGGUUGGACGAGGCUCAGGAGAAGCUGGCUCAGGUCAACGCUAGAAUAGCUAAGUUAGAGGCUGAUUACAGUGCUGCGGUGGAGAAGCAAGAACAACUUCAGAGUGAUAGCAACAUGUGCGAGGUGAAGCUUGAGAGAGCGCACAAGCUCAUCGGUGGUCUUGGGGGAGAGAAAUCGCGAUGGAGGGAGAACGUGAAAAAUCUAUCCCGUUUACUAGACCUAUUACCAGGCGAUUGUUUGGUCGCCGCUAGUGGAGUCAGCUAUCUAGGGCCCUUCACCAACGAGUACCGACUUGUGUGUGAGGCGGCCUGGCGAACUGAGAUGUCGGCCCUGGAGAUUGAGUACACCGAGAAUUGCUCCCUACGGUCGGCUCUGGGGGAGCCUGUGAAGAUAGAGCAAUGGGUGGUCUGUGGCUUGCCCAAGGACUCCCUAUCGAUCGGCAAUGGCAUCAUCCUAGAUAAGGCUCGUAGGUGGCCUCUAAUGAUAGAUCCUCAGCGGCAGGCUAAUAAGUUUGUGAAGACGUUGGGGAAUAGCAGUAUUGAAAGUGGUAUGGACAUAUGCAAACUCUCUGACACUAAUUUGCUGAGGACUAUGGAACUGGCUAUCCAAUUCGGUAAAUGGGUCGUAUUGGAGAAUAUAGGCGAGGAACUGGAUCCAGCCUUGGAGCCUAUACUAUUGCAGCAAAAGAGUAAGGAUGCUUCGGGUUACAGCAUAAGGCUUGGUGACAAGAACGUCCCUUAUAACGAGACUUUCCGAUUCUUCAUGACCACAACUUUACCGAAUCCUCACUAUUCUCCUGAGACUAGUGUGAAGGUCACCUUGUUGAACUUUGCUAUCACACCUGAGGGGUUGGAGGACCAAAUGCUGGGGAUAGUUGUGUCGAAGGAAAGACCGGAGUUGGAGGCACAGAAGUCACAAUUGGUCUCUCAGAAUGCUAAGAUGAGCGCACAGCUGAAGGCUAUUGAGGAUGAGAUACUCAGACUGUUGGCGACUAGUGAAGGGGAUGUCCUCGAGGACGAUACCCUCAUCAAUGCAAUUGCCCAGUCCAAGGCCACUGCUAUGGAGAUACAGGAAAAGCAGGCGGAGGCAGCGGUGACUGAGAAGAACAUCGAUGAGGCUAGAGAAAGCUAUAGGUGUGUAGCUUACCGAAGUAGCCUUAUAUUCUUCUGUAUUGUAAGCCUCACUAGUAUUGAUCCUAUGUAUCAGUACUCAUUGAGGUGGUUCCAGCAGCUAUUUUCUUUGGGGAUAGAUCAGGCCCCGAAGCCGACCGAUGUCUCGGACUUGGAUGCGAGACUGGAUAGUCUUAUAGACUAUAACACUUAUAUCUUCUACCAGAAUGUAUGUCGAGGGCUCUUCGAGAAGGACAAGCUUAUGUUCUCCUUUGCUCUGUGUAUCAAGCUUAUGCAGGGCGAUGACCGUGUCCCUGCUAACGAGCUUAGAUUCCUCCUCACCGGACCGACAGAGGACUACGUCGAGACUGGCCCGCCCAUACCUGCCGAGUGGAUAUCAAAAGCCACAUGGAAUGAAGUGCUCGGUCUACAGUCCCAAGUGCCGGAGUGUGCUGGUCUUGCAGCUAGCAUCACCGAGAAGGUUGAUGAAUUCCGGAAGAUAUAUGAUACCACGGAUGCCCACAGUCUCAACCUGCCCGAGCCCUGGGAGGAGCUCCUCACACCUCUGCAGAAGCUGUGCCUCCUACGGACUCUACGACUGGAUGAGGUCAUCCCUGGAGUCGUUAGCUUCGUGGCUACAGAACUGGGCCAGAGGUUCGUCGAGCCGCCUACCUUCGAUAUCUCAAAGUCUUUUGCUGACUCUACUAAUAUGAACCCUCUUAUCUUCAUCUUGUCCAGUGGCAGCGACCCUACUAGUGAUGUGCUUGCCUUUGCUGAGUCGAUGAGCAUGUCGAAGAAAAUGGAGGCUAUCUCGCUAGGGCAGGGUCAAGGCCCUAAGGCGGCUAAGAUGAUAAAUCAUGCAGCGGCCAAUGGUGGUUGGGUUCUACUACAGAACUGUCACCUAGCAGCGAGCUGGAUGAGCACUCUCGAAAGAAUAUGUGAGCAGCUCACGCCUGACGUUACUGAUAGUAACUACAGACUGUGGUUAACGUCAAUGCCCUCGAAAGCCUUCCCUGUUAUGGUCCUCCAAAACGGCGUCAAAAUGACUAACGAGCCGCCGAAGGGUCUUAGGGCUAACUUGAUGCGGAGUUAUGCUCAAAUUAGUGACAACAUAUGGGAGGACAGUGCCAAGCCUGAGAUCUUCAGAAAGCUCCUUUUCGGGUUUUGUUUCUUCCAUGCAGUAGUGCAGGAUAGGCGUAAGUUCGGUCCUAUCGGCUGGAACAUCCCCUAUGGUUUCACUAACGAGGACUUGGCUGUGUGCCGACGUCAAUUGAUGGUCUUCAUUAACCAGUACGAUGAGGUGCCCUAUAAAGUCUUCAACUACCUGGGGGCCCAGAUCAACUAUGGUGGUAGAGUCACUGACGAUAAGGAUAAGCGUCUGAUCAAUUGUAUCAUCAAAACCUUCUGUUGUGAGGAGCUUGUCACGGAUUGUGCGCGGUAUAAGUUCUCGGAGUCUGGUGUAUACUAUUGUCCAGAAGAGGCGGUAUUCGUGAGUGAUUUCAUCAAGUACAUUCUCACUCUGCCACUCAACCCGGCGCCCGAGGCCUUUGGUAUGCAUGAGAAUUGCAACAUCACAUGUGCUCAGGCAGAAGCUGAAAAUCUCCUAGCUGGGAUGAUCGAGAUGGCCCCUUCGGGUGCCGGUGGAGGAGGAGGCAAGACGGUUGAGGAGAUGAUCGAUGAGACUGCGGCGCAGAUCCAAGAGAAGAUUCCUGAAAUUGUUGACUUUGAUUUAGUGGACGAAAGAUAUCCCACUAGAUACGAGGAGUCUUUGAACACCGUUCUGAAGCAGGAAGUACUGCGGUACAAUAGGUUGAUCGAAAUAAUGGUAUCAAGUUUGAAGGAGCUGAGGAAGGCCCUGAAGGGUCUUGUCGCUAUGAGCGCGGAGCUUGAGACGGCCAGUCAUCAGUUGUUUGCCAAUACGGUCCCGGAUAUCUGGGCCGAGUUAGGCUUCCUUUCUAUGAAGCCCUUGAGUAGCUGGAUCAACGAUCUUGUGGACAGGAUGGUCUUCAUAAACCAGUGGAUUGAGCACGGGACACCGAAGGCAUUUUGGAUGAGCGGCUUGUUCUUCCCACAAGCGUUCCUCACUGGAUGUCUACAGAACUACGCACGGAAGUUCACAUUAGAAAUUGACCGACUCCAGUUUGGAUUCACUUGUCUGGAUAUUUUCAAGCCCGAACAGGUCACCGAGGCCCCCGAAUAUGGAGCAUACGUCUUUGGGCUCUUCCUUGAGGGGUGCCGAUGGGAUUCCCAAGCGAGGUUAUUGAGUGAAAGCUUGCCUAAGGAACUUUACAACGAGCUCCCUAUGAUACAUUUCUUACCAGAAGUCGACCGGGAGAAGCCUGCUGAUGUGUACAUGUGUCCCACGUAUAAGGUCCUCUCUAGAAGGGGCACUCUCUCCACAACAGGACAUAGUACCAACUUCGUCCAGUACCUGGAGCUUCCCAGCGAUCGUCCCCAAGACGUGUGGAUUCGGGCGGGCGUUGCGGCCUUCCUUUCACUCAAGUUCUGA